UAUACAUAACAAAGUUAAAAUGGAAUGCAAAUGUGUUGUACCAUGUUCAAAAAGUGAAUUUUCUUUUGAUAGAUCUGAAAAAUCUGAAGAAAUAUCUGCGGAGUGUAAUACAUUUGAUUUUGGUUCAGUUCGACUAGGUGAAAACGUUAAGAAAGUUUUUGUAAUUAAAAACGAUACAAAUGAUGAAUUGGUAUAUAUGGUCACUAGAGAUCCUGAUUCAAAUGAGAUUUAUCAAGCGUACGAUUUUCAUUACCAACGUACUGUUCCAAAAAAUUCCCUUUUCAAAUGCAUUAUUUGGUAUAAACCUAACACGGAAAAUUGGUAUAAUUUCGACUCGUUGUAUAUUCAGGAUCAUAACGGAAAACAUUAUAAGUUGAUUUUGAAAGGGUUCUGUGUUGGAGCUUCAGUUCAUAUGUCUUCCAACGAAUUGAAAUUCGUUAUAAAUAAUUCUGAACCAGUCCUCACGAAAACCAUUGAACUACAAAACAAAGGAACAAUUCCGGCUAAGUUUAAAUUUGAUGUAAAACACCAAACUUUGGGUUGUUUUAAAAUUGAUAUCACCCAUGGUGUGAUUGAAGUUAGACAACAAAUUUAUGUAAAAAUUACAUUUGAACCGAAAGAGUAUGGCGAAUAUUUAUACGAUUUAUAUCUUUUAGUUUUAUAUUCGAAACCACGAAGAAUUUCAUUGAUUGGUUAUUAUACAAAAGAACCAGUUGAAAACGAAGAAGACCUCGUGUUCAAAAUGUAUUAUCUCCCGGUGAGUUGUAAAACCGGCUUCUCUGGUUAUUUAAACGACGUGGUAGAUAUCUGCGAAAUGCCACCUCUAUUUUCAUUAACCGAUACCAGUUUGGAUUUUGGAGGGAUGGAAAUUAAUACGCAAAAUCCGUCAUCAGUCCGAACGCUUGUCACCUCUUUAACCAACAACAUUAAUUACAACUCAAUCACUGUUUAUUGGGAUGAUGACCCAAGAAAAAUCUUCGAUAUUAAUCCACAUUUGGUAACAAUUCCACCGAACAACUCAGUUUUACUCGAGUGUUCAUUUAAACCGGAUGUGCCCGAUCGAUUUUAUGAUCAUAUAAUGACCGGACGAGUAUUUUGGAGCUAUGAACAAGAUGAUAAACACGAUGUUAUUGUCCCGGUGUGUAUUUAUCUGCGUGUGAUGGGCUCAAGCUUUCCAAUAAAUAAAUGUUGGAUACCUCAAACUAGUUAUCCUAAAAAAGUUACAAUUAAACCAACGUAUCCAAACAGUUUAAGUUAUGGAACAUUUAAAAUAAAAAUAAUGGGGAAUUUACCGGUUUCCUAUCGAUUUGUACCACCUAAAAAUUCAAGGUACACAUUAAAACCAUCUCAAGGUGUUAUUUUAAACGAAGAUAUAAUUACAAUACAAUUCUCUUCGGUGGAUUUAUACGAUAAAGAAUGCGUGGAAAGAUGGUCGAUUAUUUUAAACGGUCGUGAUGAUCAAUGUAAUUUUAUAAUAUUUUCGUGUUACGCAGAAUAUCCAAAGCUUUUAUUGAACAAAGAUAACACGAUAGUAUUUGAAAACAUUCUUCCUGGUUGUUACGAUGUGAAACCGGUUGUUAUAAAGAAUAUUUCGACCCAUUACACCAUGUAUCGGUUGAAAAUCCCAAACGUAAAUUUUUUGCGUUUCAAUAAAACUGAAGGAAUACUCAUUGCUAAUGAAGAAACAACAUUAGAAUGUAAAGGAAGUUGUUUACCUAGCGGAGCUUGCCAUUCAGAAUUUAUAAUGGAAUUGAGUCGAUAUGGAGUUAGUGGAAAACCAGAUGCGCCAGUUCAGAUACCCGUUCGAGUCACAAUUAAAUGUAUUUACGCCGAAUUAUGUGCUAUACCAAGCGUUAUAGAUUUAGGCACAGUUCGUGUCGGGCAAAAAAUGACGUCAGAAUUUGAUAUCUUUAAUUUCGGUGAAGCAAAAAUACAUAGUUUAUUGGUUGUGUAUCCGGAUGAGUCUGAACGAUUAGGAAAAUACAUAACAUUUACACCGAAAUUGAACGAGGUGGCACCCGGAGAACAUAAAAACGUUGUAAGCACCAUCACUUGUAAUGAAAGUGGCGAAUUUGCGUUUAAUAUUUGCUAUAAAGUGAGAAUUCACGAGAAUUCAAUGGAAAUGCUUGAAUUGAAACCAAAAUUAUUAAUUAAAAUCGUUGUUUCAGCUGAAUAUCCAUCUUUACAAAUCGUUUCAAUAUCUGAUUAUACUCAUGGUGAAUGUUUUAGUAAAACAAUGCUAUGGAAAAUGUUAAACAUUACAAAGUUCAACAAGGAUGUGAAAGAAUUGAAAAUGGGAGAAACGCAAUCGAUUGAAAUGUGUCUUCCGGAUUGUGAAGUUUCAGACGAACCAUUUUCCGUAACAUUAAUUAUACAAAACACGACACUUUUCGAUUUAAAAGUCGACUUCAAAAGAAACCAAUUGUGCGAUUGCCCAAUCGUUAAAGUAGAUAAAUCAUUUUCUUUACGAAAAACAGUGUAUAAUUGUCCGCACAGACUUUUAUUAGAAGCCAAGUUGUCGGGAAACGUUUUUCAGACUGACGACACCCAAACUUUAAAAAUUACAGUACAUUAUAACUAUGCGGAUAACGUUACUAUGUCCUACAUUUUAAGUUUAUCUGAAGAAAGAACGUUGAUAAUUUAUUUUUCAUUUAAAAUUUUACCUUUGGAUAUUGAUAAACCAUCCAAAUACGAUAAUGGUAACAUAAUAUUAUUACCACCUGUGGCUUUAAAUGAAAAGGAACCAGCUUGUUUUGCUUUUCAAUUUUAUAAUCAAUCUUCAAAUACAGUAACAGUAGGUUUAGAUGAAUCCCACCUGGAUCAAUCACUUUACGAUCGAGGAUUACCAAUAAUUCGAUGCCUAAAUGCGGAAGUCGCUACACUAAACCCUAAUAAACUAUACUGUUUAUUUUUCCAAUUCCACCCUAUUGCAUUUAAAAAAUACAACAUAUUAAUAAAAUUAUUAAUGGGGCAUAAAGAGGAACUAGAACAUAAAUUAACAAUUCAGUCAUCUGGAAGUAACCAAAUCGAAUCAAACCCUAGUACGCAUGAAAUUUGUGCUUCAAAAAGCAUAUUUUUUGAACCGGAUAUUAGUUUUACGACCGAUUAUAUUAAAGUAAAUCGAUUAUUAACUUGGAGUUGUACUGAAAUUCUUCUUUUUAUGAAAAAUAAUACUGAUGAUGUUAUUGGGUAUUCAAUGAAAAGAAAUUGGAUUGAAGGAAUGAUGGAAGUACGAGCACUUGCCCCGAAAGGAAUUUUAAACUCCAACGAAGUCACAACGAUUGUAAUUUACGUUGAAACAUAUGAUAUGCCAUUAAAAACUACUAUGAAUUUUAUCGGAAAAUUUUUAAAUCACACCAAAUAUUUUCGACACAAAAAAACUAUGAUUCAAUAUAACAUUAAAGAAGAAAUUGUAAAAGAACAAUUUACAAUAACUGAAAAAGGGGAAGAAUACGCGGAAAACGAUAUCGUAAUAGCACCACUUCCAAAAAACUUUUAUCGAACUAUAUCUCUUGGUUUAAGCAGUGUAAGCAUUUUCGAUAUUGAUUUACACAUGGACGCUGAGGAACAAUUACAGCAAUCACCUCAUGAUUUUUUGGAAAUAAACGAAGAAAGAGCUGUAGCUUCUUUGUACUCAAAUGAAAAACAAUUACCACCUGUACCUGCUCUUGCUAAAGCACCGUUGCAACAAAUUGAUGGUAAAGGAGAUUCAGCAACUGUGUCUUCACAAAAUAAAGAAGAUAGCGAACCUUUUCUAGAUAUUGAUUUUUUUAAAGAUAUCAUGGAAUGUCUAAUAUUUACUGCAAUGGAAAGUAAAAUAUUUAAAAGAUCAUUGGAAACGCAACAAUAUAGUGAUCCUCCUUUUUAUAUUCAAUUUCAAGUUGAUGAUGAUGUUCAUUUCUCACAAGUGGAUUCAACAAAAGUAGCAACAGUAAAAAAGGGUUUAAAUCCUUGUCAAGGACCCAUUGUUGCAACAACACUCAGAAAUGUAUUACUUAAUGGUUUACAUCAAAAUAUGAACUUGGGAACACCACCUGGACAAAGAAAAGAAAAGGGAUAUGUUUAUGAUAAAAGAUUUAAAAAUCAAUUUACCAAAUAAUUAAGAUUUUUUUAUACUUAUAUUUAUUAAAAUUCUUUUUUAUGAAUCCACUCUUCUCCUGAAAACAGCCAAA